CUCUAUCGCAAAAGGGGUCGGUUAUAUUGGGGCUGGUAUAAAAUCGGAUUAUAGCGAUAAUUAUUGAUUUCGAAGCCAUGUUAAGUCUGCAUUUAUAACAAUACCAAUUGGAAAACAAACAGUAAGUCCGUUGUACGAACAAAAAUGCCUCCAAAUUCUAAUCCUACGAGUAAACAAAACAUCGACACGACGGCAGAAAAUGACGAGCCUCCGAAGAAAAGAGCAAAACGCAACGCAGUCGAACAAACAGAGAUAUCUGUUCUUCCAGCCAGUCUAGGUCCAGUAAACGACGAAGCCUCGAAAACUGAGUACGUACGGUUCUACAGCGUACAAGUAGCACAACCAGCAAAUUCUAAAACCUGCUCGAUAUGCAAAAGCUCAUUCGCAAACGAUGAAGAACUUCGCAAUCAUCGCUUUUCAUCCCACAUGGCAAGGAACUAUCGUUGCGUGGAAUGUUUUGUUAGCUUCCCAGCGAGAACCCAGCUGAAAGAACACCAGAAAAUGCACCAGCCAAAAUGUGCAAGGAUUGUGCGAUGUUCGAUCGAGAGUUGUACGAAGGACUUUCGAUCCAUGGUGGAGCUGGAUAAACAUUUCGCCGAGAAUCACAGAUUGGCGGUAUUGAGGUGCCUGAUGUGUGGCGCACUGUUCGUCAACAGCUGUACUUUGGAAAUUCACAAGCGCCAGCAUUGAACAGGGACUUCUAUUGGUUGGACGCAACAUGUUAAAUGUUUUAAUGUAAUUUAGGUGUAAAAUAAAGGUCAAUUUUAUUUUCGUCAAAACUCAA